GCAAAAGCACUUGUCAGUUUAAAAGAGGGAAGUUUAUCUAACACAUGGAAUGAGAAAUAUAGUUCCUUACAAAAAACACCUAUUUGGAAAGGCAAGAACAUAGGUGCCACUGUGGAGAUGCCCUUCAGAAAUUCAAAACGAAGCCGUCUCUUUUGUGAAGAAGAUGACAGACAGUUAAGUACAAGGUCACCUAAAAGAAACCAGAGAGUGGCAAUGGUUCCACAGAAGUUUACUGCAACAAUGUCAACGCCAGACAAGAAAGCUUCACAGAAGAUUGGCCUCCGUCUACGUAACCUACUCAAACUGCCCAAAGCACACAAAUGGUGCAUAUAUGAGUGGUUCUACUCAAAUAUAGAUAAACCGCUUUUUGAAGGAGAUAAUGAUUUCUGUGUGUGUCUGAAAGAGUCUUUUCCUAAUUUGAAGACCCGGAAAUUAACAAGAGUGGAAUGGGGGAAAAUCAGACGGCUUAUGGGGAAACCACGGAGGUGUUCUUCUGCAUUUUUUGAAGAAGAGAGGUCAGCUUUGAAACAGAAAAGGCAAAAAAUUCGGCUCCUGCAGCAGAGGAAAGUUGCAGAUGUUUCACAAUUUAAAGAUCUACCAGAUGAAAUUCCUCUGCCAUUGGUUAUAGGAACAAAAGUUACAGCAAGAUUGCGGGGUGUUCACGACGGACUGUUCACUGGACAGAUCGAUGCUGUAGACACACUUAAUGCUACUUACAGAGUUACUUUUGACAGGGCCGGAUUGGGAACUCAUACGGUCCCGGACUAUGAAGUUCUUAGCAAUGAGCCUCAUGAAACAAUGCCAAUUGCCGCCUUUGGACAGAAGCAACGACCCUCUCGUUUCUUCAUGACCCCACCACGGUUACAGUACACACCGCCUCUCCAGUCGCCAAUUACAGACAGUGAUCCUUUGUUAGGACAGUCACCAUGGAGAAAUAAAAUUUCAGGCACAGAUACUGAAACGUUAGGAGGUUUUCCAGUAGUAUUCCUUAUCCAAGUGACCAGAUUAUCAAAAAUUCUUAUGAUCAAAAAGGAACACAUCAAGAAAUUAAGGGAGAUGAACACAGAAGCAGAAAAAUUGAAAUCCUAUUCCAUGCCUAUUGGCAUUGACUUUCAGAGGAGAUAUGCAACUAUUGUUCUAGAUCUGGAACAACUCAAUAAGGACCUAAACAAAGUUUUGCAUAAAGUUCAACAGUAUUGUUAUGAGCUUGCUCCAGAUCAAGGCCUCCAACCUGCAGACCAGCCAACAGAUAUGAGGCGCAGGUGUGAAGAAGAAGCCCAGGAAAUUGUCCGGCAAGCAAAUGCAACGACAGGGCAGCCUUGUGUUGAAAAUGAAACGCUAACGGAAUUAAUCGCUAGGCUCACAGCAAUAUUAUUGCAGAUUAAGUGCCUUGCAGAAGGAGGUGACCUGAAUUCAUUUGAAUUCAAAUCGCUAACAGAUUCAUUAAAUGACAUCAAGAGUUCAUUAGAUACCUCCAAUAUCAGUUGUUUUCAGAAUAAUGUUGAGAUCCAUGUUGCACAUAUUCAGAGUGGCCUGAGCCAGAUGGGAAAUUUACAUGCCUUUGCAGCUAAUAAUACCAACAGAGACUGAAAAGAAAGUGUAAUUAUUCCAAGUGUACAGAACAAUUUUGGAAAAUCCUUUUUCCUUAUAUAGGCUUCCAACACCAAAUAACCUGACUGCUAGUGACAACAGAAAAGAAAAUGUCCCAAUGUUUUGCUUCUUGAGAAACCAGCAUUACGUUAUACUUUACUGUUUAUUAUAUAAAAACAGUAGCUUUGCUUAAGACGCAUAUGUUUAUUAGCAAGUAUUGUUUUAAACUGAGAAUGUCUGAGCAUAUUUUCAUAUAAUUAGAAUAUAUGAACCGUCUUAAAAAACAAAGAUAACUAGGGCUCCUGCAGACAACUUGACUGAUGCUGUGGAGUGAAGAGGAAUGGUUCUCUUGUGCAGAUGAGUGGCUGUAUUGAAGUUGCUUCACCUAGAAAACAUUGAGUCUUAUUUUUAGGAUGACUUACCAUCUCAAACUCUAGUCCUCAAAAGAUAGAAAGAAUUGAGUUGUUGGUUAUGAAGAAGCCACUGGAAUAUGGAUAGCAAAUGUGGACUUUACUACAAGUAGAUAUAGUGUACACUUGAGGGUGUGGGGCCGUUUGGUUAGAACAGUGGAUAGCUUUGAAAUGUUUUAAUUUAUCAUAAUUUAUAAAAAGAAGCUUUUGUCUUUUGCCUAUUGAAGGAAAAUGAAGGAGCAGGAAAAAAACCCACAAAACUGCAACAUGCUAAACUCCAGCUAGUGGAUUAGGCAUGUCUUUUUCCCUCAAUUCAGGGCAAAAGAUGUUUGUUGAGGCAUUUAUACGAAUGACUGGUAACACACUAUUUUCAUAUUUUGUUUGUUUGCACAACUUAUAAAGUAGAUUACUGGUUAUAAUGCAACUGUACACAAUUUAUGUAAAGUGAAAGAUUUUUAUAAUGAAAACAAAGAUAACCAGGAAAAAAAAAGGUUUAAAGAAAGUUAAAACCUGCCAAGAAUAUUCUGGAAUGUUAAUCUUGUAAAAAGUGUGUAUUUGGAUUGUUUAACAGAGAGUAUUGUAAAGUUUCAGUGUAAUAAAUUGUUUUCAGAUUUGGAUUUUAGGAGAUAGCUCGCAGAGGUGGUUUUGAUUAUUUUCAUGCCUCAUAAAAUGAGGCUUUUUAUAUGUUAAUGUAUAAAGAAAAUUUAAACCAGAUUAUUUUCAAUUUGAAAAUUUUAUAUAGUUUAAAAAUGCUUCUGUAUUCUUUGUUGGUACUGUGCCACUGCAAAACUUUAGUGCAGAGUUUAUAUUUAGCUAAACUUGUUCUGUUUAAG